GCGUGUGACGGAGGUGUGGUGGACGAGUCACCGUCUCACUAUCGGUUUUGGCGGCCUUAAAGAGACUUGUCUCUGCGCUGAUCCGAUCAUAAAAUGCUCUGCAAAGACUGAGCGCGGUGCGUUAGCGCAGAUUGUGCGUUUCUCCGAACUAACACUCUUACUGCAGAACGACAAACUGAGGCUUCAUUGCGGCAACAUGAGUGAGCCCUUCGACUGCGUCGGCUGCAAAACCUCCCUGUACGGCCGCAGGUUCAUCUUGGUGAAGGAGCAGCCGCACUGUGUUCCCUGCUAUGACAAGCUGUGCGCUAAGACCUGUGCGGGUUGUGGGCAGCCGAUUGGGCACGAUUCCAUGGAACUUUUCUUUGAGGACAAGCACUAUCAUGAGCGCUGCCUCCGCUGUUUCCACUGCCAGUUGUCCCUAGCUGACCAGGCUUUCAGCAGCCAGGAGGGGGCACUGCUGUGUAAAGACUGCCACUCCAGGGAGUUUGCCACACAGUGUCACGCCUGUAAUAUGCCGAUUUUGCCAGGAACACGGAGGCUGGAACUCGACGGGGUCACAUGGCACGAUGCCUGCUUUAUCUGCCAAAGCUGUAAGAAGCCAAUUGGAUCCCAAGGAUUCUUCCCACACAAAGGCCAGUACUUCUGUGUGGCAUGUCAUGAGAACAAGAUGUCACCCCGGUGUAAGCACUGCAAGCAGGCACUCCCGGAGGGUGGCGUGAUCUACCAGGGCGUCUUCUGGCACAGGAAGUGCUUGCUCUGUGCUUCCUGUCGUGCCCCGCUGGCUGACCAGAGCUUCACCUCCCAUCAGGACAAACCGCACUGCCUGUCCUGCUACAACAGGCUGUACACCAAUAACUGUGAGGCGUGUGGGGAGCCCAUUACAGGUCAGGAGGAGGUGAAGUACAUCACUUUCGGGGAGCGUCAGUGGCACCGGGCCUGUUUUACCUGCUCACUCUGCACUGUGUCACUGGUGGGCGUCGGCUUCUACUCCUCCAAUGAUCGCAUCCUCUGUGGUGACUGCAAUAGGACCCAGUGAGCUGUGCAGACUCUGCCCCCUGAGCCGCUUCGGCACCAGUCGAAUGUGAUCUGAAGCUAACUAAUAAACCGAUCUUUUCCCUGCAGCAGUCUCACUACCCGCAGUUCAGCUGCACCCAGCCAAAUGUUACCUCAGAGCACAACCUCUGACACGUGUUGAGAUGUCUUUCAGCCUCAAAGUUGUUGAUCAAUAGUGCUAAACCUUCUUGCGCAUAAGCAAAGAGAAGGGGCUUCAGGUCGAGUUGAUUCAUUCAUCAUUUUACUUUCACUAUGUGUGAACAGUAUUUACCUACACCUCUAAAGUUCUUGUGUUUUCUGAGUAAUGGAUGAAUGAUCUAUGGCCUGUUUGAUGAUCUAUCUUUGUUUAGAAGUAUUUGUCAGGUUUUUCAUUAAUUUCAUACUAGUGAAUCAGUCACUGUAUGCCUAACACUGUGCAUAUUUACGAAAUAAAAGUAUAUUUUCCUCUUC